ACUAGCAAAUGCAGUUUUCGACAAUUAAUACAUUUGAUUCUAUCUUUAAAAAAUUUAAAGAAAUUUAAAAAAAAAAAAAUUGUCGCCGAUCAUGGGGAGGAGGAGGAAUUCGCCGGCGACACAGGUGUUUGGGUGGAUGAGGAGCCAAUCGAUGAAGGUAAAGAGCUUUUUUGGAUUGAUAAUCGCAUUAGCUUGUUUAGCUGGUUUGAGAUUUGCAGUGAAAGACCACAAUCAUUUCUUUAUUGCAUCUGAGGCAAUACAUGCUGCUGGAAUUCUGGUGUUGAUAUACAAGCUCACUACGCAGAGGACCUGUUCCGGUCUUUCACUUAAGAGUCAACAACUCACUGCUUUAUUUUUGGCCGUAAGAUUGGUUUGUAGUGGCAUAAUGGAAGCUAACAUCCACACACUGCUUGAUCUUGCCACUUUAAUUUCAACUCUAUGGGUUACAUACAUGAUACAGUUCAAAUUGAAGUCAACGUACAUCAAGGAACUGGACAAUAUGCCCUUAUACUACCUGGUCGUGCCUUCUGUGAUUCUUGCUGUACUAAUUCACCCAUAUAUGUAUCAUAUGAGAAUCGCCAGAAUUUGUUGGGCACUCUGUGUAUAUUUGGAAUCUGUCUCAGUACUACCUCAGCUUCGACUCAUGCAAAAUGCAAAGAUGAUUGAACCAUUUACAUCUCAUUAUGUAUUUGCAUUGGGUGUUGCGAGAUUCUUAGCCUGUGCGCACUGGAUUAUCCGGGUUUACGAUACGCGUGGUGCGUAUGUGUACUCCAUUGGAAGUGGGUACUUGUGGUUUCCAACGGUUCUUCUUGCAGAAAUUGUUCAAACAUUCAUCUUGGCUGAUUUCUGUUACUAUUACAUCAAAAGUUUCAUGGAAGGCCAGCUUGUUAUGAAAAUGCCUGUUUAAAAUUCUGAUUUUAGAUUGAGGAGAGUUUAACUAUGUACAUUUGGUUUCCUCAUUACUGGUUUUCCAUAUAUCAACAUUUAGCAUUUGCCUUUCUUUUGUCCUUGUCUUGUUGUCUUGUUUAUCCUCUCCCAAAAUUGAGAGGAAAAAAAAGGAAUUUUCACAAAAAGUACUGUUCUUUCAACUUUAUAAAGCAAUUAUAGGAUUUAAUUCCAAGUAUUGUGAAGUAGAAAUUGCCCAA